AUGCUAAUUUUGCUAAGUCAAGGCUUAGAGCCGCCAAAAAUAUUUUAUAGAAAUUCGAAGCACGAGCAUCUCAAACUUCCACCUCUUAUUGCAUACUUGUUAGAAAAAAAACUGAAAGUUAAUGGAAUUGAAGAAAACAAGGAAAACAUCAUUGGAGGGAUUCUAACGCUUUCUGAUAUCAUUCAAGAGCAGGAUUUUACAAAUAUGGAAAGUAUUCAGCAAAAUGAAGGGGGCUGGUGAGCUUUGUUUAGAACAUUUCUAAUUAUAUAUUCGAAAAGUGAUGAUUAUUUUAAAAGAAUGGUAUCAUGGACUCCUCCAUUCUAUGCUGUGCAAAAACAUUUCAAAGAAGUUCAGAUUGAUUUGAACAAAAACGAUUAUGAGCCUGAUUUAAUUGACUGACCAAAUUGACUAGGAGCGCAAAGAUUGCUUAUACUUCAAGGUUUAAAUGACAAAUUUCCAAGUGAGAGGCAAACACAAAUAAAGCGUAUGAUGCUGCUAAUACAUUUGCAGAUCGAUUAGGAUUUUGAAAUAAAAUUAUGAAUACCUCAAAUAACAUCUUAAAUGCAGCAUCAAGAAAACAAUUUUACAGUAGAGACAAUUCCAUACAAAAAUCAAACAUUAA